GUCCAGUCGCUAGUCCCAACUGCGGCCAAAGCGAGUGCGACAGCAACAGCAGCACUAGCGGCACCUCCGAGGCACAGUCACUGGCUGACGUCACGUUCUCUCGAGAUGGCGGAGUCAGCAGGUUUCUGAGGCAGGCGGAUUGCUUUCUGGGUGGUGACAUUCAUUCAUAGAGGAUCAGCAGAUGCCUAAACAGGAGCACAAAGGGAUCUGAACUUGCAGAAGAAGUAGCAGUGGAAUAAACAGACUCCAAUGUGUUAUGGAAAUGCAAACUCCUAGAAGGCUGCAACUGCAAAUGUGUCAUUUGAAAAGUGACUCUUAUGCAGACAUAAUGAUCUGAAGGCUAACCAUAGCACGUCAGCUGUAACUUAAUACUAACAGUUGUCUGCACACUUUCAGUACUAAACCUACAGUCUAGCACAUGCCACUGACCACCAACCAUGUUUUUAAUGUAGGCUCGCUGAAUGAGGAGUGAUCACCUCAAGACAAAAUAUACCAAUGUGGAUUAUUUCCCAUUUUACAACACUGGCGAAUCAAUAACUGGUGCCUUAACAGUCAACGGCGAGUGUCUGAAAAUAUGGACCUGCCUUCUGUCUCUAGGAUGUAUCAACCAACAACAUUUAAUUAUGAGCGUCCUAGACAUUUUAUACAAUCACAGCCGAAAUGUCAAGUAGAAUCCAUGUCUCAAUCUACCAGUGAAGCCGUGCAUGCAGGCAGGUCACCGAAGAAAAUUUCUAUUUCAAUUCAGCCUCAGUCAUGUCCAUCACAAAAUAUGAGCUCUGCAGCCGCAGUUGUGUCCUCAGCAUUAAAUCAGUGUAGUAAAACAGAAGUUCAUUUACAGCCCCAAUCUUCAAACACUGCAUUACCUGGACAAGUAAAGGACCAUGGCAAAAAUAAAUCAACUGCAUUUCUCACAAUAUCACCAUCCAACAACAGUCAAAGUAAAACGAAGAUGAUGAAUACUGCUACAUCAAAUUUCCAAAAUGCAUCAGUAAAAACAGACUUAAGGCAAGAUCAGCAAGUAUAUGAAAGAGGGAUACAAGGAACAAAAGAUGCUUUGAUUCAAGACCUAGAAAGGAAGCUGAAAUGCAAAGAGAGUAUUCUGCACAAUGGAAACCAACGCUUAACAUAUGAAGAAAAGAUGGCUCGCAGGCUUCUUGGAGCACAAAAUGCUGCAUCAGUAUUUGAAGAUCACAUGGCAGACAGUGUUCAGGAUUCAAAGCAAACCAAAGACAGUGAAACAACGGCUAGCCUCCAACAACAAGAAAAAUACUUGAGGAAUAGAGGUUUACCAAGAGAAGAGUCAAAAUCAUCAUCCAUACAAGAAAAAUAUUUUCCACCGAGGUUUUUGCAAGUUCCAGAAGAUUUAACUGUUGAAGAAGGACAUUUCUGUCGAAUAGACUUUAAAGUGACUGGUGUGCCUGUUCCAGAUGUUUCAUGGUAUAUAAAUGGGAAAGUUGUUCAGGCUGAUGAUUUCCACAAAAUUAUAUUGUCUGAGAAAGGCGUUCAUUCAUUCAUAUUUGAAGUAGUUAAGACUUGUGAUGCAGGAUUGUACGAAUGCGUGGCAUCUAACCGCGCUGGAAAAUCAACAUUUACUUUGCAACUUACUGUACUAGCACAGGAACGCAAAAGGGCUCCAUGCUUUAUUCAAAAGCCAACAGCAUUAAAAGCAAUUGAAGGAGAGAAUAUAAAAAUAGAAUGUCUUGUCUCCGCCGUGCCACAACCGCAGAUAUUGCUGAAAAAAAAUAACGAGAUGCUACGUUAUAAUACUGACCGGAUCAGGUUAUAUCAGGAUGAUAGUGGAAGAGUUUCCCUUGUGAUAUACAACAUUAACAAAACAGAUGAUGGAUGGUACACUAUAUCAGCAGUGAAUGAAGCUGGCGUUGAAACUUGCCAUACGCGUCUUGAUGUUGCAACUCUUGUCAACAAACAGAUGCCAAGUGGGAAACAACUUAAUGUUAAACCAACGUUUAGCAAGUACUCGGCACUCAAUAUGAAAGGGUUGGAUGUGCAAGAGACUUAUUCACCGGAAUGGUACCAGAACUCCCAGCCUACGUACCCCGGACUUUUUGAAAGUGAAGAACUUUAAGUGACAGAUAUUGUGUAGUGAAUAUAUUCUAUCCUUUUAAAUAUUUAUGUGUUUCAUUGCUGUGUCAUUUUUAAAAAAAAAAAAAAAAAAACAACU